GCGUCUGGUCGAGUGCUCUCUGAAUGACAGAGUGACGGGAAUAAAAUGUGUUUGUGGUGGGGAUUUAAUCACUCAUGUAUGUAGCUGUGCAUAUUUCCGAUGAUCGUUUCUGUGUUGAACCAGCGCCAGUGACGUCACUAUUGAUGGGAUAUUGAAGACGUCUGGGAGGAGAAGCAUGUUUGGGAUGCAGCGGUUAGUGUGUGCUAGAGUCCCGCUGCAGAUCAGUGGUGCGUCCUUCAGGCGUCCCGCACAGAUGCUGACUCCCGUGACCCACAGCUGCUGGACACGCCUGCACUCCGGCCCCACAGAGGAUCCAGACCCUCUGCAGGACAGAUCCAUCAGCCUCUUUCAGAGAUUCAAGAAAACCUUCAAGCAGUACGGCAAAGUCAUGAUCCCCGUUCACCUGCUGACCUCUACAGUGUGGUUUGGCACUUUUUACUACGCUGCAAUGAAAGGAGUCAAUCUGGUGCUGUUUCUUGAGUAUGUUGGGUUUCCUGACAAGGUGGUAAAACUCCUGGAGAAUUCCCAGAGCGGCUACGCACUGACCGCUUACGCCAUGUUCAAGAUCGCCACACCUGCGCGCUACACAGUGACUCUCGGAGGAACGUCUCUGUCCGUGAAGUACCUGAGGAUGCACGGGUACAUGUCCACCCCUCCACCCGUGAAGGAAUACCUGCAGGAGAAGAUGGAGGAGACCAAAGAGAGGAUCUCUGGGAAGAUGGAGGAGACCAAGGAUCGUAUAUCUGAGAGGAUGGAGGAAACUUCUGUGAAGUUCACAGAAAAACUUCAAGAAACCAAUGACAAAGUGUCUUUCCGAAAAUAGAAAUAAUAGGUUUAUAGGCUUACAAAAGGUCACAAAGUGACUCUCCUUUUCCAUAGUGUCAUGAAGAUUCAUGUUAUUUAACGAUAUAACAUACUUAAGGAAAGCAAUGUGUCUUGAGCACAUACAGUAUAAAGUAGUAUGUAGGCUGUAAGCACACUUACUGUUCACAUAAUAGGCUAAACUAUAAGAUUAUGACCAUAUAAAUGUGGGAUUCUACUUGAAGUGUUUUUAAUAGAUUAGACUGUUUUCUAAAGAGAACAGCAGGUGUAAUGUGUAUGUAAUACUUUGUUCAUAUAACAACAUAGCAUCUUUCAAUUCUUGCACUUAUAAAAUGUUAUUUAAAAUAUUAUGCAAAACGGUGUCGGUCCGAAGAUGUAAGUGUACAUUAAGAUGUAAUACAGCUUAUGUCAUAGUUUACAAUACUGGAAAAAGUAUUGCAAAAAAAGAAAUUGCAAACAUUGCUGACAUUCAUUGUGCAAAUCGUUAACAGUCUUCAUGUCUCAUUUCCAAUCCAGUGCAUUCCCGCCAUUUUCAUGUGUUUCAUUUAUGUGAGCUCAUUUACAGUUGUACAUAAUUACUAAUGAAGGUUAAUCAUUGAACCGGUAAUUUGCCAGUAAAUGUGCCUGCUGGUGAAGCACUUGGGUCUGAUGAGAUUGUUCUAUGUUGAGGGAUCUUUGGCUGUCAACAACAUCUUAUUUCGUGAAGCAUGAAGGAGUUUGCAUUGAAAAUUUAAAUGUUUUAAAAGGCCUUUUGUUUAUUGGAAAGGCUAUGUUUCUUAAGCAUUUAUUCUUCGUGGCUGUUAAUGACCGCAAAUACUGCAAUCACUUGUAAAUUGUAAUCAGAAUUUAAAUGUCCAAUUUUUUUGUUGGUUGACAUUUCACAAUUAACUUCUUGCUAGUGAACUGAGAAAAUGUACAUGAAACUUUCAUUAUUUUGUACAAAUAAUUUCCUUUUGACAAUGAUAAAUUAUGUUUUAAUAAAAGAAAAAAUCAGCUUAAAUAUUA